ACUAGCCUUAGGCUGGCUUUGGCUAGUAGUGGUCCCCCUAUGUAGUCCAAAGUGGGACAGUGUAGGCUGAGUGGCACAGGAAACAAGGCCCUUUUGCCAGCCAAACUUGAAAGAGGCAUGGACAAUGGGUCUGGGAGUCACUUCAGGCCGCCUUGACUGGCUAAUGUGCUUGACAUGGGGUUACAGCGGGGCCCCUCCCAGUCCCCACAGCCUCACUGCCUGGCAACAGCUGGACCAGGCAGGAUACACGGACCUACCUGGAGCUCCACUACAGGACACAGGACUCAGUGACACAGACGGGCUAGGUGAGUGAUAUGGGUAUAUCUGCUUGGCCUGUGCAGUAUCACCGUGGUCUUUGCCAGGCUGAUUGAGUGCAGAAACUCAUUGGGAGUUCCAUCCCACCACAGCUGUUCACUUGAACCCAUAAUGGAUGCUGUGAACACCAUCAUGGAGAGGCUGAGGGCCCAGUGUCUGUUCCGAGGGGCCUUGGGUAUCCGGGGGCUGGCCAGGUUUUUCUGUCGCCUGGACAAGGAUGGCAGCAGGUCCCUGUAUGUAGGGGAGCUGAGGUAGGGCCUGGCACAGCUGGGGCUGGAGGUGGACGAGGCAGAGGCAUUAUGCAGGCACUGGGACUGUGAUGGGAGUGGGACCCUGGACCUGGAGGAGCUCCUACUGGCGUUAUGGGUGAGGCCCCCCAUGUCCCAGACUCGGGAAGCUGUUAUUGCAGCUGCCUCUGCCAAGCUGGACUAGACUUGGGAUGGUGUGAUGACUAUAGAUGACCUGAGAGGGUGGACAGAGGCUGAGACCCUCCACCAGUUCCUCGACAACUUUGAGAAGGGUGGGCAGUGUCCUUGGCCUGGGUCCCCCUUACAGCCUGCUAAAACUAUACAGCCCAUGUGUGUAGCUGAGUUCCAAGACUACCACAGUGGACUCUGCACCUCAGUGGAUUCAGACCCAGAAUUUGUGGCCAUAGUGAUCAGUGCCUGGUAUCUCUGA